AUGAAUCGUUUUAUAAAUAAAAGUGCCCUUCUCCGUUCAAAAUCAGUCUUCUCAUCGAGGGCCUUCUCGUCGGUGGCCGACAAUGAAGUGUACAUUGUGUCGGCCACCCGAACGCCGAUCGGUUCAUUUCGAAGUAAACUCUCCAAGUUCACAGCGCCUCAACUGGGCGCAAUCGCCGUCAAAUCGGCCGUGGAAAAGGCUGGCCUCAAGAUCGAUCAAAUCGAUGAGCUGCAGAUGGGCAAUGUGAUGCAGGCUGGCGUGGGCCAAGAUCCAGCUCGUCAGGCGUCUCUAGGCGCCGGUCUGCCGCUCUCCCUGCCCACGACGACGGUCAACAAGGUCUGUGCCUCAGGCAUGAAGACCAUCAUGCUGCUCUCCCAGGCAAUUCAGGCCGGUCACAUCAACGUGGCAGUGGCCGGUGGCUUCGAGUCCAUGAGCAAUGUGCCCUUCUACGUGCCAAGAGGUGACAUUCCCUACGGCGGUCUGAAGAUGCACGAUGGCAUCGUUCAUGACGGCCUAACUGAUGUCUACAACAAGUUUCACAUGGGGGUGUGCGGCGAAAAGACGGCCGCAAAGAUGAACAUUAGUCGGCAGGAGCAGGACGAGUACGCAGUAAACAGCUACAAGAAGAGUGCAGCUGCCGCUGCGGAGAUGGCCAAGCUGGAGAUCACUCCGGUGGAGAUCCCUGCCACAAAGGCCUCCCCGGCCAGCUCCAUGACCGAGGAUGAAGAGUUUAAACGGGUCAACUUUGAUAAGUUUUCCAAGCUGCCCACCGUCUUUCAAAAGGACAAUGGCACCAUCACUGCGGGCAAUGCCAGCACUCUGAAUGACGGCGCCGCUGCAACGGUGAUCGCCUCCGGCAAGGCGGUGAAGCAGCUGGGCCUGAAGCCACUGGCACGUAUUGUCGGCUUCGCUGACGCCUCCGUCGAUCCGGUGGACUUUCCCGUGGCGCCCGCCUAUGCUGUUCCCAAGAUUCUGGAGCGCACUGGCGUGAGCAAGGACCAGGUGGCCAUGUGGGAGAUUAAUGAGGCAUUCAGUGUGGUCGUACUGGCCAACAUUAAGAUGCUCGACAUUGACCCGAAGAGGGUGAAUGUCCAGGGGGGCGCCGUCAGCAUCGGUCACCCACUGGGAAUGUCCGGCGCACGCAUUGUCAACAAGUUGGCGCUGCACCUAAAGACGGGCGAGUACGGCAUGGCUAGCAUCUGCAAUGGAGGUGGCGGUGCGUCCGCUCUUCUCCUCCAAAAGCUCUAG